CGGUUCCCCCGGGGUUCCCGGUGCCGCUAUGUCCGCCGCUUACCCGCCGCGGGCUCUGACGGUGCUGCUGCUCUUCGGGACGCUGGCGGCUGCCAUGGCCCUGCUCGCCUCCAGCCUCAUCUUCCAGCUGCCGGCGGGGCGGGCGGGUCCCGGGGCUCUCCCCGAGCCGGUGGCCGCUGUGCUGCUCCCGGUCUCGGCCGUGCUGGCGGCGCUCUGCCUGGUGCUCAACGUCAGCUGCCUCCUGCUCUGCCUCCUCCACGGGUACCUCAGCACCGAGCUGUGCCGGGGGCAGCCCGGACCCCAGCGGGCAGACUGGUUCCUUCUGGACAGCCGGACAGUUCGCCAUGCUGCCAUCGGCUUGUUCUGCUGCGGGGUCUCAGUUUACCUAACAGCUCUCGCUAUCUACAUGCUGUUGCUCUUUGAACUGGAAGCCGGCAUUGCCAGCGCUUGUAUCCUCUCCUCUGGCAUCAUCGUCCUGCUGAUCACGGUGACGCACGCCCUGGUACGUGCUUCCCAGGUUUCACGCCGCAGCCGCUCCGAGGUCUCUCACACCCUGUACGAGAACGACUCUGCCCAGCACGGUGAAUCCUCCACCAGCGAUCUGAACAACAAGAACGUGGCUGCACCCCAGCCUGAGAUCCACCGGGAAUUUUCCUUCCCUCCUUUCCUGGAACACAAAUCCCAGCUGGGCUCUCCAGCCAGCAGCAACCUCACUUCCUCAGGCAGUCCUGGGCUUUGUUCUGAGAAGGAGAGCUACAACCUGCCACGAACGCACCGGACCCUGUCGGCAGAGUCAGCCCUGCUGCAGGCACAGGGUAAGCCCUGGAAUGGUGUCACGCAGGAGAUGAGGAACGUGCUGUCACGCAAACCCGGAGCCUCGGGCAAGGACUCGACUCUGGUGUGAGUGGAAGUGGGACCUUUUCGUCUCAUCUCAUCCCAAGGGAGCUUCAGGCACUGGAGCGAAGAUUUGCAUCUCUUAGAGCUUAACAGAGGUCCCCAGGAGAACAGAGCCAACUGUCCAGGGUGAGGAUUGGGAAGGGGUUUGCACCCCAGCCCUCUGCUGUUUGCAGGGCAGAAAGCACAGGGAGAGGCAGCAGCUGUUACCAUGAAACACAAGCAGGUUCAGCUCACUCCGUCGCUGCCGUGACAGGACACCAUGCUGGUUGCUCACAGCCCAACACUCCACCAGUCCUGCCCAGGCCCAGGGAAGCAGCACACUCAGUUCUUCCCCAAUUCCUUAUCAUUCAGCAACCAGUAAAACAUUUCAGGGUGUGGAGGCAAACCGAUUCAGUUCCCCUCUCACCUCCCAUGCUAUUAUCCCGAAGAUAUCUGUUAUCCUGAGCACAGCACCAUUUCUUCGGGAAGUCUAGCACUGCUUUGAUCCCUGCAUCCUUGGUAAAUUCCUCAGCAGAACAGAACUGUUGGUUCCAGGAGAGUUUAACGCUGAAGUCGCA